AUGAACCACCACAAUACCAACCAGGCUUAUUCUGUUCUUGGUCAUAAAACCGCCAACAUUCGGGAUCUAUACACAUUAGGUCAAAAGCUUGGUCAAGGUCAAUUCGGCACAACCUAUUUAUGCACAGAGAAUUCAACAGGUAUAAACUACGCAUGCAAGUCAAUUUCAAAAAGGAAGUUGAUUUCUAAAGAGGAUGUGGAGGAUGUUAGGAGGGAGAUUCAAAUAAUGCACCAUCUAACAGGGCACAAGAACAUUGUAACAAUAAAGGGAGCAUAUGAAGAUACUUUGUAUGUUCAUAUUGUAAUGGAGCUCUGUAAUGGUGGAGAAUUGUUUGAUAGGAUUAUUCAAAGAGGUCAGUAUAGUGAGAGGAAAGCAGCAGAGUUGACAAAGAUCAUUGUGGGUGUUGUUGAGGCGUGUCAUUCACUUGGUGUUAUGCAUAGAGAUUUGAAACCUGAAAAUUUCUUAUUGAUUAAUAGGGAUGAUGAUUUUUCACUCAAAGCAAUUGAUUUUGGACUCUCGGUUUUUUUCAAACCAGGUCAAAUUUUCAAAGAUGUGGUUGGAAGCCCGUAUUAUGUUGCACCUGAGGUGCUUAAAAAGAGUUAUGGUCCUGAAGCAGAUGUGUGGACAGCUGGAGUCAUACUUUAUAUACUUCUAAGUGGUGUACCUCCAUUUUGGGCAGAAACACAACAGGGGAUAUUUGAUGCGGUGUUGAAGGCUCAUAUUGACUUUGAAUCGGACCCAUGGCCUCUUAUAUCAGAUAGUGGAAAGGAUCUUAUAAACAAGAUGUUAUGCUCUCAACCUUCAAAGCGCUUAACAGCCCAUCAAGUCCUAUGUCAUCCAUGGAUAUGUGAAAAUGGGGUUGCUCCAGAUAGAGCACUUGAUCCUGCUGUUCUUUCUCGUUUGAAGCAUUUCUCAGCAAUGAAUAAGUUAAAGAAGAUGGCUUUAAGGGUAAUAGCGGAAAGUUUGUCAGAAGAAGAGAUUGCAGGUUUGAGGGAAAUGUUCAAGUCAAUGGAUACAGAUAACAGUGGUGCAAUAACAUUUGAUGAACUCAAAGCUGGUUUAAAAAGGUUUGGUUCAACAUUAAAGGAUACAGAGAUUCAAGAUCUUAUGGAUGCAGCUGAUGUGGACAACAGUGGCACAAUAGAUUAUGGGGAAUUUGUAACAGCAACGAUGCACUUGAACAAAUUGGAUCGGGAGGAGCAUCUUGUUGCAGCAUUUAGAUAUUUUGACAAGGAUGGAAGUGGAUAUAUUACAGUUGAUGAGCUUCAACAAGCAUGUAUUGAUCAAAAUAUAACUGAUUUUUUUGUGGAGGAUAUUAUUAGGGAAGUCGAUCAAGAUAAUGAUGGGAGGAUUGAUUAUGGGGAAUUUGUGGCCAUGAUGACAAAAGGAAAUGCAGGAAUUGGAAGAAGAACAAUGCGAAACAGUCUUAAUAUCAGCAUGAGAGAUGUACAACAAGGGGAUCAAUAGCAUCUCCACACGUAUAUACACACUUUAUCAUGAAUAGAAGUUUUACAAUAUCUAUUGACUUUAACAUGAAUAGAAGUUUGGAGGAAAAAGGAUAACCAAAUAGAGUUAAUGUAUUCAUACACUACGCUA